AUGUCUCAUCCUGCAACCGAGCUUGAAAGCUCUGCUAUCACCCAUCGUCUUCGUCCAACGGAAACGCUUGGCCAUGUUCGACUCCAAGAUGAAGUCACGGGGGCAACACUUCUCGUGCCCCAGCCCUCGUCUGAUCCAAAUGAUCCUCUCAAUUGGUCGAAAGCUUUCAAGAUAUACGUUGCCAUGCUGACAUGUGUAGCGUUGACCUGGAUCAAUUUCUUUGCAGGUGGACCCGGAGCGGUUUUGGUUGAGAUAGCCGUCGACCUCUUUGGUGUAUAUCCGCCCGACCCCCAUAAUCCUGCCUCGCUAUCUCCAGCCUCGAUUGCAGGAUUCUCAUCUGCAGUGAGCAAAACCGCUUUACUAUUUUCCACGGCUUCAAUGGUAGCGGGCGUGAGCAACCUUUUGUGGGUCCCGCUGGCUGUUAAGUAUGGCCGUCGGGUGGUAUACACUUUCUCAUUCCUCGUUUUCGGACUCUGCUGCAUCUGGUCGGCACGCGCUACUUCUUAUGGUAGUCUGUUAGCUUCGAGGAUUGUUGCAGCAUGGUUUUCCGGCAGCGCCGAGUGCGUUGCUCCUAUGACGAUCGCGGACAUCUUUUUUCUUCAUGAAAGAGGUAAAAUGACAGCAAUGUACUCAGCCGCGCUCUCGACUGGUGCCGCUUUUGGCUUGUUGAUCUCCGGGAUCAUGUCCAUCUCACAGAACUGGCGGAUGUUCCACUAUCUGUGCGCUGCUCUCGUUCUUGCCACGACGGUCUUAAUCUUCUUCACUAUGCCCGAAACCGCAUUUCAGAGGCAUCUCGGUCCAAUAGAGGAAGUGGCAAACGAGAAAGUUUCCAAUAUGGCCGAAGUGGAGCACAUCGAGGUGUCCAACACACCCAAGAAAUCCUUCACUCAGCAGAUGGCCUUCAACCGUGCCCCUCUCACCCAUGAGAGCAUUUGGAAAAUUGCCUUCCGCCCUGUGCUUAUUCUUUUCUUACCGCCAGUCUUCUGGUCCACGGUUUCGUUUGGAAUAGGAAUCGGGAUCUUCGUUGUGCUAGGCACCACAGCCGCAACAGCCUUCUCACAGGUCUAUGACUUCGCAGUCUGGCAACUGGGAUUGGUCUGGAUUGCGGGAAUUGUUGGUAACCUACUUGGCAUACCGUUUGGCGGUUAUUUUUCCGAUUGGGUAGCCGAUCGUGCCACUUCGAAGAAUAGAGGUGUUCGAGAGCCAGAGAUGCGUCUUCCCGCCGUGAGCAUCGCCAUGAUUACUUACCCUGGAUCACUUCUUCUCUAUGGUCUGGGUAUUAAUUACAAAGCUCAUUGGAUUGUCCCUACAUUGGGAAUAUUUCUGUUCUCGUUCGGAAGUAGUGCUGCGAUUGGUAUUACUGUGGUCUAUACAAUUGACUGCUACCGGCCAAUUGCCGGGGAGGUCGUGGUGAGCCAGGUUGUUUUCAAAUCCUUUAUCACCUUUCUCAUGUCCUUCUAUGCGAAUCCAUGGGUGGACCGGGACGGAUAUGCAGGGGCAUUCGGCGCCAUGGCUGGCUUCAGUUUUAUUGUCCUGGCGCUAUGGAUCCCUCUGUACAUCUGGGGCAAGAAGAUUCGUCAUGCCACUCUCAAAGGGCGCGUAAUGCAGCAUAUCCAUUGGGAUGUGGACAGAGAGACGGGCGAGUAG